AUGACAGAUGCUGCUCCACCAUACAACCUUUACAAGGUCGAAUUCUUGGGUCAAGGCACCCAAGACCAUAUUGCCUUUCUUUUAGAAGUUGCUCCAAAUCAGUUCAACAUUUAUGAUGUUUCUGGUUCUCCUGCUAUUGGUUUUGCAUUCCAUUCUGCUGAUGACUUUCGUUGUGAAGAUGACUUUACAUACAUUGAAGGUUCAAAACAAUUGAUUGGCUCUAUUGAUUACAGUGUUGAUGAAUUUAUCGAGAUUUUAAAAUCAGUACCUCCACCUCCAAAACAACGUUUACAAGACAUCAGAAGAGGAAAAAUUCUCAAUUGUAGAAACUGGUUUGCUGAUGCCAAAAGGGAAAUUGAAAAGUACAGUAAAUAG